CAAAUCUAUGACUGAGUUGUGAUCACUCUAAAGACAAGAAUUCAACUAACAGGCUCUUCAAUUCUCCCUUUCAAUUUCAAACUCAGCCUUGCACAAUCGACGCCUGCCUCCAUCAUUGACUACCAUGUCAAUGCAAGUGGCCGCUCUCUUUUCCGACCUCAAAUCGCUGACCAUCUGCUCUCACGAGGCCGCUCUGGCACUGGUCACCCCUAGAGCCGGGCAGGAUGGAGUGAACCCCUCAACGGAUCCCUCACAAUUCGUUCACAAAGCCCCAGCCGACUCAGACCUUCAGAAGGCCCAAGAGCUUGUCUCGCUUCACUAUGAUAUCAAAGUGGGAAUCUCUGAGUCUGGCCUUGACCCAGAGUUACUUGAAUCCCGUCGGAGGGUGCAUCAGGUGCUGGCUGACUUGGAUGCCUAGCAUAGAAACACGGCUUUCACGAAGGCCGGCUUAGGUUAAGAUUGCUAUAUGCUAGUAUU